UUCACUUUUCAUGGCUCAAUCACAAAGUCCGACAUCCAUUUGGUGUGAAAGUUCUUUCAUCAGCCUAAGAACUCGGCUCAUUCAUUGAAUAUUAUGCAAAUCAGAUACUUUAUAAAUAAAUGGCUUGGUUUAUUAAACAAGAGAAAUUAGCAUACGAUACAAAUAUAAUGCGAUCGUAAGACAAGACAUAUAAAUCUCAAAUGAGCUAUCUUAACGGGAGUUUGAAUGAUUCUCCUCUAUUGCCAUUUUUCAGACGCAUUUGUCCACAUAAAAGAAGUGACUGCGAUCUGAUUUUCGUUAGUUUACAGCAUGUCGUCGAAUCUGGAAGUUCGCUCUGCGAACUGGAGUAUUCUGUUGGUGGCACUACUUUCAGUUCUCGGUGGAGUCUUCGCCAAGGAUGAUGCCUCUGUGCCCCGACUGAUCACCCUCCAAACUGGAAGUCCCGCUCCGGCGCCGCCACAGGAGGUGAUCAUAGAGGAGGAUCACGAUCAUCAUCACCAUCAUACGCCACACUAUCCGUCAAGCUAUCCGUAUCCAUAUCCUCAGCCACAGCCAUGUCGCUGUCCUCCCGGUCCUCCAGGUCCACCUGGUCCACCGGGACUGCCGGGACAGAAGGGCUAUCCCGGCCUCAAGGGAUCCAAGGGUGACCCCGGCGAGAAGGGACCGCGAGGAGAUAAGGGCCACCACGGCAUGCCUGGAAUGCCAGGCCAACCUGGUCCUCAGGGUCCUCCUGGAUAUCCCGGAGGUUCAUAUCCGCCGUAUCCCUAUCCCCCACCUCCGCCUCCACCACCACAUGGUGGCCCAAAAGGACCCCAUAGGCACUACGAUAACUACUAUGAUGAGGAGGACUAUGACUACGGCAAUGAGCGUUCGUUUGGUCUAAUAAGACCAGAAGAAUUCGACGACCAGCCCUUCAUUUUGGCCUUUAGUGAACGCAGAAAUCCGUUUAGCACAAAAAGCAAUAAAAGACGAAAUUAA